AAGGAUGUAGGCAGCCGCUUGACCCUGCGGAGGCGCUACCUUCCCCCCACCCCCCCCAGCCGGGUUUUCCUCUUCCGGCAGCUCAGCAUCGCCGCUGCACUUCAGUUGGCGUGGGGGGCGGCUAGCGCUGGAGGGGCGGGAAUUGCGUCUCCCGGGUGUCUCGGGAUCCGCAGAGGAGCGCCGGGUUGGUGCGUGGCUCAGCUUUUCCAGGGCCUCCUGCAAUGGAGGCAGCUUUGCGGCGAGAACUUGGUACCUCGGUGCUGCGGCCUGCGGGACACUCGGGGGGAGGCUGCAUCAGCCACGGCGAGAGUUUCCACACGGACCACGGGAAGGUCUACGUGAAGCGCAAUGACAAGGCCGAGGCCAGAAGAAUGUUUGAUGGAGAGAUGGCAAGUUUAGCUGCUAUUCUGCAAACACAGACUGUGAAAGUUCCUAAACCUAUCAAAGUUAUUGAUUUGCCAGAAGGUGGUACUUUAUUUGUGAUGGAACACUUGGACAUGAGAAGUCUCAAUAGACAUGCAGAAAAACUUGGGAUUCAGUUGGCUGAUCUUCAUCUUCAUAAUCAAAAGCUUGGGGAAAAGUUGAAGAAAGAUGCAAACACUAUUGGUAAAAGUCAGAUGGAUACUCAGUUUGUGGAAGAGUUUGGGUUUCAUUCUGUCACUUGUUGUGGUUAUCUUCCCCAGGUUAAUGACUGGCAACAAGACUGGGUAAAUUUCUUUGCUAGGCAACGAAUUCAGCCUCAGAUGGAUUUGAUUGAGAAGAAUUCAGGAGACAGAGAAGCAAGAGAGCUUUGGGCUCAACUCCAGGUGAAGAUACCCAGUUUGUUUGGUGAUCUGAAAAUAAUUCCUGCUCUCUUACAUGGGGAUCUGUGGGGAGGAAAUGUAGCUGAAGAUGAUUCUGGGCCCAUUAUCUUUGAUCCUGCCUCUUUCUAUGGUCACUCUGAGUAUGAGUUGGCAAUUGCUGGGAUGUUUGGUGGUUUCAGUGGUUCAUUUUAUUCUGCUUACCAUGGUAAAAUCCCCAAAGCACCAGGCUUUGAUAAACGGCUCAAGCUUUACCAACUAUUUCACUACAUGAACCAUUGGAAUCAUUUUGGUGGAGGCUACAGAGGGUCAUCUAUAAAUAUUAUGAAAAAUCUGGUGAAAUGAUUUAUUGUGAAAUUUUAUUAACUCUUGUUUGGAAAAAUACAUGAGUUUUCAGCUGCAGUGAUCUGUGAUACUUAAUUUAUUAAGAGUUAUACACAGUUUUUCAUUCAGGAGCCCCAGGUGGUACAUGUAGCUCUGCUUCUAAUUUUUACCCAGGAGAGAGACAGAGAAAGAAAGAUAAUGAUCACCUGGAAGUCACCCAGUGAGUGUCCUUGGGUAAAUUUCCUCAUCCCACCCCAACACCUUAAUUACUAUAUUCCACUUGUUAUAAUUUAAAUUAUUACCCCUUUCCAUAAUUGAAGAUCAAUCCCACUAUGUCCCAAGCUUGGUAUCCUGGUAACUAGAGUUUAUUAAAGAGCUGUCUAAGGUGAAAAUAAUCCAAGAUUUGCAUGAAAGCCUUUUUGCUGUUAAGAUGACACCAUUGAAUUGAUUUAGUAGGUUGCAGUAGACAAAAUUGCUCUUGAAACAAUAGUUUAGAUACAUGUUUUGCAAGCAAGGUGGAAAGGGAACAGAACUGACAAUAAUUAUAAAGGCACAAUCGAAGAUCUUAGUGAUCUUUCUUUCAUAGUACGAUAAAUAUGAAUAUAUUGGGAAUUUUCUUGCUUGCUAUGAAACUAAGAUUACUCUCAGUAUUUAUAAUAUUACUUAUAUUUCAGUUUUAUCAUUAUAGCUGCAUUUACAUUAGAUGCAUGUUCUAAGCUAAAAUUGGAAUACAUAGGAUGCUGCCUAGGUGACUUUUGUUGUUUCUACUGUGAGUAUUGUUAGCAUGGCUGUGGUUGUCAAAAUUCAGGACUGCCUGAAUCUUCCAAGCACACUACAAUUUGCGUGAUGAUCUGGUUUGUCUUCCUUCUGUAAGGCUCCAUCUGGUGUAUGUUCCUAACUACCAAAAAAACUUGACCUAAUCUUGUUUUGUACAAUGUACAUUCAUGGAUUAAGUUUAUUUAUAGGCAGCUGUAUCUAUUCUGUAGGUGGUUCAUGGAAUCAUUUCUCUUUGAAGCCAUUCAACUGAGCUGGGACUCUGAGCAGAAUCUCUAGCCAGCCAUUGCUGCUUUGGCUGAUAAAUCUUGGGAUUUUAUGCAAGGCUGAGGUAAAAAUAGGCUGUUAGUGAUUUUUGCAGUUUGUUCUGAACUACUUUGAGUACUGAUAAAAACGAAGCAAUCUUUGUGCUGAUAAAAUGCUAAACGCUAAAUACUACUUAAAAUUAAUAUGAUAGGUUUAGACCUUAGAUUAUGAGGAAGGAAUCAAUGCCUGAUUGACCUUCCCCUUCCAUAUAUACACAUAACUUCUGCCAUUUUAAUACUUUGAUUGACUGUAGUAUCUUGCAACCAGUUAAGCUCACAAUACUAUUUUUCCAGCGGGUGUUUUUGAUUCACUACUGCUGAGCUAAAAUAUAUGGUUAUUUCCCAUCCCUCCCAUCAGAUAUAAAAUUUUCCUGCUAGAAAAAAAAAUCAUUUUGUUGGUUUUGUUUGUCACUUAUAGUAUAAAUCUAACUAAAGUAGCAACAAUAAUUCUAAUCCAGAUUGUGAUAGUAUAUUCAUUCUAUUGAAUCUUUUAGUAAAAGUAUGUUGCAUCUACCUUAGUCAGGCAAGGGCUUACUUUUCUGGGCAGUUAAUUAGAGAAUUAAUUUUAGCUCUAAUUAUGUGUCCAGCAUCAGCUUCCUCUGUGUAGAUUGUUUUAACUGGGGAGAUUAGAAAGAGAAGGAAAAGUUUUAUUAUUGCAUUACUAAUUCCCCUUAGUUUUUGCAUUUGCAUGAAUCUACUGCCGCUUGUUUCUAGUGUGCAGCAGCAGGAAUGCUGAAUCAGUAUAUCUAAUACUUGAAAAAGUAUACUGGAAAUACCCAAUAUGAUUGACAACAAUUGUGAAGUGCUGAUGAAGAGUUUUCUAGAGAGUAGUAAAUAGAUCCAGAACCCCUUAAACAUUUGAAAAUAAAAUAAUAUGUGUGUCUGGAUGAAAUGAUACGUAUGAAAAUACAUUAUUUUUAAAAAUAAUACCAAAAGAUUGUAUUUAAUGUACUGCAGAAUAUAUAUUCUAUUGCAAACAAUUAGAAUAUGGGUUUUGCUCUUUCAGAUGUUGCUUUUUGGUGGCUGUCCAUUCUAAAUUGCCAGGUAGGUACUGGUAGAGAGGCAUGAUUAAUAGAAUGUAUGCUCAUAUAGACCCUUGGAAUGUUUUUGAUGCCUUUGAAUUAACAUUAUUUGGCUUUACAUUAUGGAAAAAAUAUUACACUAAUUUUUAAAAAUUCCAAUCGUCUGUGUUUCCCUGCUUUCUCAUUUUGCAUAACAAUACCACUAGUUUUCUGAGUUUAAAGAAGUUGCUAUUUGUCAUCCUUUGUAAUUGUUCAAAUAAAAUAUAUUCCUGAGCAUUUAACUUUUUUUUUCUGUUUGGUAUUAUAAAUUCACCAUGAUCCAUUUUCUUAAAUUAUUUAGACAAACAUUACACAAUCUAGAAUAAUUCAGAUUGUACCCACUUGUAUGUUGUAGGCAUUAAAAAGCCGGGCUUAUCUCUCCAAUUCUUUUCAACCGUUUUAUUUAAUAUUUGUAAUUACAAUAUUGUGAAUUCCUUGAAAUUAUCAUGGAGAAUUCUACCUUAAUGGUUUAUAACUUUAAAAAAAACAAUUUCUUUUAAAAUUUUUUAUUAUAAUAUGGAAUAAUUCAUCAGUAAAAGAAGAGAAAUCUUUGAUAUGCAGAUAGCUGGACAUUGACCAAAAAAAUCCAACAUGGUUACUUUUGACUUGAGCAGACUUAAAAGAAAAAAGAAUUAGUAAAAAGUUAAAAGCAAGAGUUAAAUUUUUUGAUAAUGCUUGAAGAUUAUUCCAAACUAUUAUAAUGGAAAUUUAUUAUAAAUGCUAAAAAACUACUACAAAGAUUUUCUGCUGAAGAAAUGGUAGACGCAAACCAGCUCCAUGACAAUUAGAGCCAAGGAGCAUGGCAGAAUAAAGAGCCUCCCCCAUUCGUGCUCCAAACAAUUGCUCCUCAAGAGGGGACUGCAAGAUUGUGGUCACUGGCGGAUUUACAGCUCUGGGAGAUGAGGAAAUAGCCAGUUAGCUCAAUCUGUGCUUGGUACCUUUGAAACAACACUUAAAUCCACAUAUUUUCUUUUCUAAUCAGUUUCAGAAGUUGCUUAUUAACUGCUUUUCAGCUAUUUAGGAACCUUUGGAUUGACAAGUGUUACAGCACUGGGUGAGUUUCCUUCAAUUCUUAGUGAAAGAAGUUUUAAUCACAAAUUUAAGGAUUUAGAAAGGGGAUUUUUUUCCCCAGAAUAAACAGCAACAGGUGAUUGAAAAGUUUGAUUUUAGAAAGUGACAAAUGAACUAAAAGUCCGGGUAAAAUAGAAAUACGAUUUUGAAAGAAUUCUGAAGAAGUUCUCAUGAAAAAUCCUUUUUAAAAAAAUUCUUACAAAAUAGUAAGAAAAGACUUUAAAAACUACAAAAAGGGGGAUUUAAGUUAUAAUUAAAGGAGAGCACUCAAAUUCACAAUUACAGAAUAAAGCAAAAUAUUUUAACAUUGAUAUUGAUAUUAAUAUUGAGAGAUAUUUUUGAACAAUGGCCCAGAAAUUAAUUUUAAUAAUAUCUGCCUCUACAGAUAGACUGUCUUUAAAAAUACUAGUAGUCCUCUACUUACAACCAUUCGUUUAGUGACUGUUCAAAGUUACACUGAAAAAAUGACUUAUGACAGUUUUUUUCAGUUAUGAACAUUGCAGCACGUGAUCUGGCAUGCAUUUAUGAUGAUUGCAGUGUCCCAGGUUGCAGUGUCAUGUGUUCAACUUUUGCAACCUUCUGACAACAAAGUCAAUGGGAAAACUAGAUUCACUUAACAGUUGUGUUACUAACAGUGAUUCACUUAACAACUAUGGCAAGAAAGAUAAUAAAAUGAGGCAAAACUCACUUAAAUGUUUUGCUUAGCAACAUAAAUUUUGGCUGAGUUGUGAUUGUUGAGGACUAUGCCAUGUUAUGAUUUGAAAGUAUAUUUAAAAUGUUGGGCUACAAGAAUGGCAUGGAAAAAGAUAUUACAUUGAAUAAGAGCUGUGGUGGCGCAGUGGUUAGAAUGCAGUACUGCAGGUUACUUCUACUGACUGCCAGCUGCCAGCAGUUUGAGUCUUACCAGCUGAAGGUUGACUCAGCCCUCCAUCCUGCUGUGGUUGGUAAAAUGAGGACCCAGAUUGUUGGAGGCUGACUCCAUAAACUGCUUAGGGAGGGCUGUAAAGUACUGUGAAGCGGCAUAUAAGUCUUAAGAGCUAUUACUAUAUUCAAAAGAAUACAGCUCCUUAUGUGACUUAAGUCUAGAUCAAUCCUAGAAUGAAGCAUUCCCUGCCCUAGGGUUCAUUGGAAGGUCAGGUACGAAGCAGAGUAAAAGUGACAUGGAGAUUUUCUUCUACACUUAUUAAAUUAUGCUUUUAUG